AUGGACGACGAAGAUUACGGCGCAGAUGAUGCCUUGCUAGAGGCCAUGGCGGCCGUGGAUUCGGGCCCCUCGGCAUCUGCUAUCAAGCAGCCCACGCCCCAGAUUAUCAACAGACCAGCAGCCGGCAGUGGCAGUGGCAGUGGCAGCAAAAGCAGCGCCUCAGCGAAUCCGAUAGUGCAGCCGACACCGCAGAUAAUUCAGCAAAAGAACCUCGGGUCGACGAUUCUCGUAUCGCCCCGCCAACGAGGCAAUCCGGUGCUGACGUCUAUCCGGUCGAUACCCUGGGAAUACAGUGACAUACCAGCAGACUAUGUCGUCGGAUUGACCACUUGUGUGCUGUUCUUGAGUCUGAAAUAUCAUCGUCUACAUCCCGAGUACAUCUACACGCGCAUUCGCAAUCUACAAGGCAAAUACAAUCUGCGUAUUCUUCUCACCCUUGUCGAUAUUCCAAACCACGAGGACUCAAUUCGUGAACUAUCAAAGACUUCGGUGGUCAACAACGUCACUGUUAUACUGUGCUGGUCCGCAGCUGAGGCCGCUCGAUAUCUCGAGCUCUACAAGUCGUACGAGAACGCUAAUUUCUCGGCCAUUCGCGGACAGCAAUCUACCAAUUAUGCGGACAAACUGGUGGAAUUCGUUACGGUGCCUAGGAGUCUGAAUAAGUCAGAUGCAGUAGCCCUGGUUGCCAAUUUUGGCAGCCUGAAGAAUGCGAUAAAUGCCGAGCCUGAGCAACUGAGUAUGAUGGGCGGAUGGGGCGGGGUGAAAGUGAAGAGAUGGACCGCCGCGGUCGAGGAGCCAUUCCGAGCGAAGAAAGCGGCCAAAAGAGGCUUUCAAUCAUCGUCGGCAGCUACUGCUGGGCGUAUUUCAAGAACAGCGAGCGCGAAUGAUACCGGCGGUCGGUCAGAGACGGAAAACCCCAUCUCUCGGGCUCCCCCAACAAAGGCAACACCACACAGCUCUUCAAACUAUAAUUCGCCUGCUGCAGGCACAUCAGACCGUCAAUCUGGGAGUGCCCAACGUCCCGCGCAGUUUCGCUUCCUCGACGAAGAUAGCGAUGAUGACGAGGACGCAUUUGAGAUGAUUAAUCGAGAAGAAAAGCAGGCUCCUCAGCCUACAGGACCACAGCCCAGUAAGGAAAGUGGCCAGCUAAGUGAGGGCGUGGCAGCAGCACUGGCAAAGCUACGACAAAAUGGGUGAAG